UGUGGGCUUUGGAAGCUGAAAAAUAUUCGAAGUAUAAUAAACACAAUAGCCUCUGUUUCACUUUUAAAAUAUGUUCGGAUAUUUUUCUUUGGACAUUAUCUGUUCCUCGGAGCUCGAAGUUUUCUUCGAGCUUUGCUCUCGGAAAACGGUACUCUUCUCGGAACAUAUAACGUCCGCGGGCAAAUAUCCGAGCACAUUUUCGCGCCAAAUGGAGGUUAUUGUUUAUAGGUAUCCAGUGAUCCAGCUAAGCAUGCGAUAUUUUGCCAUGGUGUGGAAAGAAUUGCCAGUUACGCAGGUGUGAAUAGCAUUAUGCUAAAGAAGUUUAACUUUCUCAGUCGUACAGCACAGCUUGAAAGAUGGAGAUGGAGUGAUACUGGAUUGCCAUUUUCAGCGAAACCGAAGAUGUACGACGUCGUACGUGUACACAAAGCCAAGAAUUUAGUAGAGACUGGCCCUAUCAGAGUUUACUGCUUCCUGAUCACUAGCGACAAUUUUCUGGAAAUUGAAAACUGCAGCGAAAAACGUGCUUAUGUUUGCGAAGGAUCUGAAGUUUUAUCAACAAGCAUAACAGAGUCAAAGUCAACACAAAUGCAACCCACAGCAGUGGCUACAACGUUGAUGACAAAAGUAACAGCAAUAUUCCCAAGUAAAGCAACAGAUACGACUAAGAUAUUGCCUUCAAAAACAAUUAGUAUUUCCACAUUUGCGUCAGCCAGUAUCUCACCAACACUACCAGCAAGUGCAAAGGAACAGGUGAUUGUGUUUUUAUUUUUCCUAAAGAGUGCAAUCAUAGCAGUAUGUGUGUAUGCAUUGGUUUUUUUUUUUCCUUGAUAGCCCACAACCCUUAAAUCUAUAGCUUUGAAUAAAGAUUCUUUAAAUAUAUUUCUCCGUGCUUAAUGUGUCGGUGGAAAUAGAUCUCUUUCCUUUUCCAUUACAACAGAAAUGCAUUCAUCCUCUUGCCUUCCCUGGGCACAUAAAAAGCACACGACCUUUUAGUUUGUUUGUUUGCUUUUUCACACUUUCCACCAAACUUUAAAACAAAUUCUACUGCAUAUUCGAAUACAAUGAAAACUCGGCCAAAACCAUCGCACUUUUUUUCUGUCUUCGGUUUUCCUGUUUAAAGCAGUUUUCCUGUUAGA